UUCACUAUGAUUCAGGGAAAACCAUGUCCAUGACAGUUACUCAUUUUGACAGUCAGGCGCCUAACCUAUUCUUCAAAAUCAACUCAAAAUGGGCACACACCACUCAGUGAUGGAUUUAAGUGAAGUACCAGAAACUGUGCUGCUGCAUAUUUUGUCAUUUGUGAAUGAAAAGGAUCUCUUACUUAAGUGUUCCCUGGUUUGUAAAAACUGGAAACGAUUAGUUGACACCCAGACUCUAUGGAAAACUAAAUGUGAAAGAGAAGGAUAUUACUCCUCAAAAUGGUUACCCCUUCCACCAGAUGAUUUUAAGAAAUAUUUUUUUCAAAACCCAUACAAUCGAAAUUUGAUCAAAAAUCCAUGUGCAUUAGAAAAAUUUGAUCAUUGGAAAAUUGACAAAAAUGGAGGAGAUCGAUUUGUAGUUGAAGACAAACCAGUAGGUUGUCAUCCAUUGGAGAAGUUUGCAGACUUUAAAGGAUCAUACAAGUGCUGGGUGACAUCCUAUGGAUGGUGUGAGAAACAUCAGAUUAUUGACUUAGUUAAGGAAGGAUGUUCUUCUGAGGUCCUGGAUAAAAUAAGACCCGAGGUCCAGGUCUCAGAGUGGUAUGCAGCAAGGUUUGACUGCAAGAUGGAGUACCACAUAAAAGUUGAGCUAUUAGAUGCUGAAUCCAAGGUGUUGGAUAAAUGGUCGUUUUCUGAUGAAAAACCAGCAGGCAGAGACUGGUUUCAGGUUGAACAUAUUUUUACAUCAUAUCCAGAAGGAUUGAGGUUUAUAAAAUUUCGACACAAAGGCAAAGAUCAGCAAUUCUGGGCAGGGCACUAUGGUUCCAAGUUCACAAAUGCUAGUGUUAGAUUCAACCUUCAGCACCGGUCUGACAGUGUAGACUCCCCUUCACAGGUGUCCAAGUCUCGCUACUCUUCCUCAUCCUCAGAAUAUGAGCCUGAAUAUAUGUGGAAUGAUUCGGAGGAAAAUGAUGAAGAGGAAGAAGAGGGAGCCAUCUUGUAAUUAUAUCACCUGAUUGCUAAAUGUUGCUCACCCAGGAGAAAGACUUAUGGCUUUGACUGAAUUAAAUGUGAGCAAGGAAGAUAACUGGUUUUUGUUAAUACUUCUGUACCCUAAAAUACUCUGGUCAUGUAUACCAAUAUUGCUUAUUGCUUGGUUACAUGUUUUUCAUAUUUUUGUUGAAUGAAGUAUUCUUUAAUAGUUAGUAUUAAAUAUGAGUGACCUGACACUCACAUAUGAAGAUUUUAAGUAUUUACACAUAUUUUGUCUAUAUGUAUAUGGACAUAUAGUCCAUUUCUUUACUGUAAUUCUCUCAAUAAAGUUUUAUAAAAAGGUA